UUGGUCACGCUUGGAGAAUAAUAUGGAAACGUUUUUGUGAAGGAACACUAAAAUCUGUGACACUGUCAUUUAUAUAGAUAAUCACUCGAUGUAUGUGGGGUAAACUGCCCAGAUGUGGUAAAUAAAUCUGUGAAAUUCUGUUUGACUACUUUUGAGGGUUAAAGUGAUAUCAUUGAUAAUUACUACUUUUUAGGGUUAAAGUGAUAUAAUUGAUAUAUUUUAUUAUUAUUAGUCGUGAAUUGGUGAUAAAUAUUUAAAUACUUGACAAUUUGUAAAGUACAUGGUGCUGAAUAUAUAAAGAGGCAUACAAUAUUUAUCAUUAUUUACAAUACAUUCGGAGCAUAAUGGAUACUAGUAUGCACAAAAGGAUAAGAUACAGUGACUGGGUAUCAGAAAGCAGAAAUGAGAAAAUGGGACAUGAGAGUAUGCCUCGAGAGCUGCAUUAUGGGGGUCGUUCCUAUGUUCCCACCAGUCAGUCUUUGCCAGGUGGGGAGCGAUUUGUGCGUGAAGUGCGAUCCUCUGCAUAUGUGCAUCAGUUGCAGUCCAGACCACGUUCUGUGAUUGUUCCACAAGAAGAUAGUUCCUCUCCCUAUGUGCAUCAGUUGCAGUCCAGACCACGUUCAGUGAUAGUUCCACAACAGAAUCAUUAUUGGAGGCCAGUGGAUACAAAUGGCAAAAUGCUACCCUUUGAACCAGUGCCGUAUUAUUCAACGCAACAGCAACCGGUUACCUCUCAUCCAGCUUUGCAUCAUUUUGUUCGUGUUAAGAUGUCACAGUCACCAUCUAAACCAGGCUUUAUAGUCAAGAAAACAAUCUUGGGUAAACAAGUUUUUAUUGAUGGAGGUCGCCAUGCAGCUGAAAUCAAUGGCCAGUUCAGAAAUGAUGGUCAAUCAGAUGGACAUUCUCCUCACUUGGUUAAAUCAGUUAAUAGAGCAGAAAAUAAAUUUGCAAUGACAGGGAUUGCAGAUGGUGGACAAAGUGAGAAAAAUGAAUUGGUAAAUUUUGUGAACAUGUCACAUACUGUUCAAACAGGAAAUAUUACUUUUCAUUGGCAACCACUGCAACAUUUAAGUGCUCAGCCAAGAAUGCUAAAUGGUAGUUUUGGCUCAGUAAACAAAAACAAUAAUGUUACUGCAACUGUACAACUUAGGCAAGAUAAGUCAUCUACUGACUUCCCAGAAGAAUUGGACGAUCUACUGCAUGAACUAAGUGCAGGUGACGAUUUAAACAAGAUUAAAGGUGGUGGAAUCUUAUACACGCGUCACUUCUGUUUGGACUCGAAAUCUCUCCGACUUUACUACACUGGGUCAGAGAAAAGAUUCCGGAAGAAAAACACAUCAUGGCCACUAUCGUCAAUUGAAGAAGUAAGAGAGGGAGAAAAAGAUUAUGCCAAGCGACUGGAUCAUCAUGACAGAUGCAAGGCGUUCUGUGUGGUGUUUGGCUCCAACCAUGAGGUUUUGUACCUGUUGGCUCACAGCUAUGAGAUACGAGACAAGUGGGUCAGAGGCCUGCGAUAUGCCCUGCAGCUGAACACAUUCCUUAAACAGAGCGAGUCAGACACCAUAUGGAUCUGUGAGGCUUUUGACAGAGCUGACAAAAAUUCCGACAACAGUCUUGAUUUUGAAGAGGUUAUGAAACUGCUGAAAAGUCUCAACGCCGACAUGGACAGCUCAUAUGUAAAGGAAAUGUUCAAUGCGGCAGAUACUCGUAAAAUCAAGGGAGAGAAAGCAAGCCUUGACCGUGAUGAGUUUGUGCAGUUCUACAAGCGUCUGACAGAAAGACCAGAAAUUGAGGAGCUUUAUAUGAUUUAUGCAAAGGAUGUAGGGUACAUGACUUCAUCUGACCUGCAAAUGUUUUUAACACAGGAACAGAAGGAGAAGGACAUCGGCCUUGACCGCUGCAAGGAGAUCAUGGUCGUGUAUGAGCCCCACAAGGAGAUGAAACACAACAAUCGACUCAGCCUUAUUGGUUUCCGCAGUUUCCUGGUAUCUCAGCAGCAGCACUUGUUCAACCGCUUACACAGGCGUGUGUACCAGGAUAUGACGCAGCCCAUGACCAACUACUUCAUCAACUCAUCUCACAACACGUAUCUGGCAGAAGACCAGUUAAAGGGACCCAGUCGUGUAGAGUGCUAUAUCUCCGCUCUAAAACAGGGAUGCCGUUGUGUAGAAUUGGACUGCUGGGAUGGAAAUGAUGGUGAACCAGUCAUAUACCAUGGCUAUACCUUCACAUCUAAAAUCCUGUUUAUUGAUGUCAUCAAUGCCAUCAAAGACUAUGCAUUUGUCACCUCACCAUAUCCAGUGACCCUGUCAAUUGAAAACCAUUGUUCCAUAGAGCAGCAAACAAAAAUGGCUAACUACAUGACACGCAUUUUUGGAGAUAUGCUGUAUUGUCCACAUAACAUGCCUGAUGUUACACCAUCCCCUCACGAGCUGAAGAACAAAAUCCUUGUAAAGGGCAAGAAAUUUAAGGCACAGACAAGCGGUGACGAUGAGGAUGAGGUCACUGACGAAGAUGAAAGUGCAGAGGCUAACCAGGACCAGGUGAAGACGAAGCAAGCGGAGGCCAAACUGCAUCUGAGCUCUGAGCUCUCCAACACUGUGACCAUGAAGAGCGUGGCAUUCAAGGGGCUUCAGGACAUUCCAACUGGAAAUGGGAAUUUCAAUGUUGUCUCAUUGGUGGAAAAGAAGAUUCAGAAACUCAUCGACUCUGAGAUAGAGAGUGUCUGCAAAUACACGCAGUCUGCGCUGAUACGAACGUACCCUGCUGGAACACGGACUGACUCCAGUAACUACAACCCGGUAGCCAUGUGGAGCGGGGGAUGUCAAGUUGUUGCCUUGAACUUCCAGACAGGCGGAGAGGAAAUGCAGUUGCUACAUGGGAAAUUCCUUGACAAUGGAAACAGCGGAUAUGUUUUAAAACCACAGUGUCUCAUGGGAGAUAAUUUUGAAGCACUUGUUGGAAACAGGCCAUCAUCCACCCGAAAGCGUCUGACUAUCAAAGUGCUGAGUGGAUUUCAGUUGCCGAAACCGAAAGAUUCAAAAAAAGGGGAGGUAAUAGACCCAUUCAUCAAGAUAGAAAUUCAUGGCCUUCAACGAGAUACACAGGACAAGAAGACAUCUGUUGUGAAGAAUAAUGGCUUCAAGCCGAUUUGGAAUGAGACCCUGAUGUUUGAAGUGGAUGUUCCCGAGCUAGCCCUGGCCCGACUAACAGUAUGGGACAGUGAUCGCUACGUCGAUGAUUUCAUUGGAUACUUUGUGGUACCAGUGAACAGCAUUGUUGAAGGAUACCGCCAUUUUCCACUGUUCGACAAAAACGGGGACCAAAUAGAACAGGCUCUUGUGUUUGUUCAUGUCACCAAGGAGGACAUUCCACACAGCAGGCACAACUCACUGAUACAACGCGAGACCCGCACCUCUGUCAGCACUUGGACGAAAAAUUCUAGCCAAUCUGAGAUCACCCCUGUGCUAGAUAUCAAACCACAAAGAUCCUGUGAGAUCACCCCUGUGCUAGAUAUCAAACACACAAAGAUCCUGUUCUGUGCUAGAUAUCAAACCACAAAGAUCCUCAUGAUGUUCACUGCCAUGCUCGCAGAUGCCUUCUCUGAAAGUGACGCAGGCAUUGACAUCAGGUACCGCACAGAUAGGGGAGUCUUCAACCUUCAGCGUUUGAAAGCCAAGAACAAGGUCCACUUCAAAAGAGACAUGCCUGUGAGAGGUUUGGUUUGA